AUGUCACCAGUUGUACUCGAAACGAUAUCACGGAUAUGCAGCAGUAAAAGUCUGAAGGGGAUGCGCCUCAACGUGCCUCGCGCGGUUCGCGCCGGUCACUCCGUCACCCUGGGGUGUGAUUACGACCUGGAGGACGCACCCCUUUACUCAGUGAAGUGGUACCGCGACCAGGGCGAGUUCUACAGGUACGUGCCGAAGGAGGAGCCACCGACGAGAGUGUUCAGUUUACCCGGACUUCACGUUGACGUGGCGGUAUCAAAUGCGCACAACGUCACAUUGAUGUCAGUGGGACGUAACACUUCGGGACUAUUUCAGUGUGAAGUGUCAGCUGAUGCGCCGUUAUUUCAUACCCAGAUAUUGUCAGCGCCGAUGACAGUUGCUGUUGUUCCUGUUGGAGUACCAAUCGUAACUGUGGACAGGGCCGGUCUUGAGCAUGGCCGACCUCUGAUUGCCGACUGCCAUGCUCCUCCUUCCUACCCAGCUGCCAAUAUCACCCUCUACGUCAACGACGAAAGG